CUCCGGGCGGGUGGCAUUAAGUCACCACACGUUACAAUUAGUGCCGCUUCCAGCUUAGUUAAUCCCGCUUUGUUUAUAUACGUACUACCUCCUCCCGUCUCUCUCCUCUCCCCCUCGCCUCCUCAUCUCCACCUCCACCUCUGCUGCCCGCCUGCCCCCCGAGCCACCCGAUCCCAUCGACGCGCCGCCACCUCCAGAUCCGCCGCCCGCCUCCCGCCGCCGAGCUCGUAAACGCGGGGAAGGGGUGAGGAGUCAGCUGCCUGACAUUUCAUCAGGCCCUGGUGUGGUGUAGCAGCGGCCUUCACGUCGAAACAACCGGAGCUUUUAGAUGAUCCAAAGAUGGUGAGGAGCUGAGAGCACGGAGAGUUCGACAGUGGGGGCUGUGGGGCAGCAAGGACAUGACUGUCAUGCCGCCUGCGCGCCACCGGCCCGCGGCCAAGAGGCCCAUGUGGAUAAUCGUGCUCUUGUGCCUCGUCUGCGUCGUGCUGAUCGGGGCGUACGUGUACCCGCCGCGGCACUACUCGCAGUGCUACCUCUCUGCUUCUAGCGUCUGCACGCCGUUCAAGGAUUGGCUCCCGUCCAUCGGCCGCCGGGAGAAAACCGAUGACGAGAUCAUCUCAGCCGCUGUUAUCAGGGAUAUUCUUGGGAUGCCCAUGUCCACGUCGAAGAAUCCAAAGAUUGCGUUUAUGUUCUUGACACCUGGCUCAUUGCCCUUCGAGAAAUUGUGGGAGAAGUUUCUGCAGGGUCAUGAGGGAAGAUACUCCAUCUAUGUGCACGCGUCACGUCAGAAGCCUGUGCAUACUAGUUCUCUCUUUGUUGGCCGAGAUAUUCAUAGUGAUGCGGUUGUAUGGGGAAAGAUUUCAAUGAUAGAUGCAGAGAAGAGGCUAUUAGCAAAUGCGCUGGAAGACACGGAUAAUCAAUUUUUUGUCUUGCUUUCUGAUAGCUGUGUUCCGCUUCAUUCAUUUGACUAUGUCUUUAAUUACCUGAUGGGAACAAACAUCAGUUUCAUUGAUUGUUUCCAGGAUCCUGGUCCACAUGGAAAUGGAAGGUAUUCUCUUGAGAUGCUUCCUGAAAUAGAGGAGAGAGACUUCAGAAAGGGUGCCCAGUGGUUUGCAAUCACGCGAAGACAUGCUUUGCUGAUUCUGGCGGACAACCUUUACUACAAGAAGUUCAAGCUAUAUUGCAAGUUCUCUAUGUCAUGUGAUUUGCAGCCAGCAGAUGGGCGCAACUGUAUUGCUGAUGAGCAUUAUUUGCCAACCCUAUUCAAUAUGGUAGAUCCAGGUGGAAUAGCUAAUUGGUCGGUAACACAUGUGGAUUGGUCUGAGGGGAAAUGGCAUCCAAGGUCGUACGCAGUUGCUGAUGUCAGCUAUGAUCUACUAAAGAAUAUAACAGCCGUUGAUGAGACCAUCCAUGUAACAAGUGAUGACAAGAAACUCGUGACACAGAAGCCAUGUUUGUGGAACGGAUCCAAGAGUCCAUGCUAUCUUUUUGCUAGGAAAUUUUACCCCGAAACUCUCGACAGCUUACUGAAGAUAUUCACCAGCUACACGUCUGUUUGACUUCAACCUGAUUCUUUGCACCUCAACACAUGGUUCAAGUACAUGAGCAUGUCUCCUCUUCGUGUAAAAAUUGUGAAGUCAAUCGAUACUUAGAUCUGGGCCUCGAGCGACGGGUUGCUGUUGCAGCGACCACCGCAAACCUGCGGUUCAGUCCAUGGGUGGUAGGGAUGCGGCGAUAUUGAUAGCGAUGAUACUGCCCUCAGUUGUAAUCUAUUGUGCUUUUUGUAUGUUUCCUUCGAGUCCUUCGCCUCUAUCUCUCUCUCCCUCUUUAAUCUCUUUCCUAGCCUCAUUAGUUCCUGGCUCUUGGAGUUGGAGAUCAUAUUUUUGUCAAUAUGCUGUUAUUAUAUGAUCCAUUCUUUUGUAGACACAAAAAGGAAAUGAUUGAGAAGUACCACAUAUCUUUUUAUAGUC